AUGGAAGUCAACAAAUUGAGGUACAGUGCGGCGGCGGCAGCGGCGGCGGCGGCGGAGGCGCUGGGCGGGGGCGGUCGGCGCGCCCCACCGCCCCUGCUGCGCUCGCGCACGCUACCCGCCAUCAUAGCGCCCGGCUUCUCUAUACUACAUGCUCAAAUCGAUCCACAACGAACUAAUGAUAUAACACAAAGCCAGAUGCUAUGUCGCGGCGUGUCAGGCCACAAAGUGGGCGGGCUCCGUGCGCACGCGCCUCGGAUCUCGUUCACCAGCAAGGACGAGCCGGAUCCGCACGAGUUGCGGCGGAAAUCCGCAAGCAGUCGCCUCGGCAGCUCACCUAGGAGUAGCAUUGCUAGUGAGGAGAGGGCUGAUGGCGUUGCGCUUAGAGUACCAACACCUCGCGGCUCAGUAUCUAGCACGAGCAGCACAAGCACCGGCUCCCGCCUCGCCAGGCUACUGACGCAGGGAGUCCGCGGGACUCCUGAGGACAUCGCCAUGGAUACGCCUCGGAGACUCAGUUGGGAACGGCGCGAAUCAGGAGGCCAGCUGCCUCGCUCAGCCAGCAUAGACUCAGUAGUUGAAGCAGCUAUCUGCGCCCGUCACUCCGAGCCGAGCCAGCCCACCACAUUACAGCUGCCGAGAGCUGACCGCGCGUUCAGUUUAGCGUCUCCAGUGGUUGGCAGGAGAGCGAAGACUCAGAGAGGACAGGCUGGUAAGUUGGAGCGAUUGUCAUUUGUUUUUUUUUGUUGUUGUCUGUCCAUGGAUCCUUAUGUACUGUGUGCCGGUAUUUAAUUGUGAUUUUAUGUAAUAUUA